AUCAACUCCAGAGAAUACUAAAGAUUUCUUGCCGAUUUCAGACACAUAAUUUAAAUAUUCAAAUAACAAUGUUGUCAUUUUUUAAAAAUCUAUGGGAUUCCAUGGAUGCGGAGAAGCAAAAACGUUUAUUUGCGUCAAAACUAGAAGAGGAGCAGAGACAUCUGGACACGGAAAUUGAAAAAGAAGAAAGUGAAAAAGCCAAAAAGGGUGAGAAUUUUAACAUGCAAAAUGUGUUAAGAUGUAUUAACGAUCCGCAAAAUGGUCCUUUGUCUAGUAACGAAGAGGAUAAAUGUUUUGAACGUCUUGGAGUUAUAACAACACUAAAAAGCAACCAUGGUACUAUUGAUCAUGCAAUAUUUUUCGAUAUCGAUGCGGCUUGCGGAUUGGCAAACGAACUUAAAAUCGGCUGUCAUGUAAAGUACUUGGCAUAUCAACAAGUUCAUAGCGACCACAUCAAAGUGGUACAAAUCAAAGACGUUUCCGAAUUGUUUUGGGACGAAACAAUGCCAAGCACAGAGAAGAUUGAGGAGCAAAUAGCCGAGCUACGAAAUGAAAAGCCGACGUUCUUCAGCACACAUCAACGGAAUAUUCUGGGGCUUAUAAUGGAGCGUAAGCCGGGUGCUAUUGUCGUGGAUACCGAACACAAACUGAUGAACAUUAAUUUAGACACAGUAGAAAUAGAUUUUAUACCACAAGCAGGUGAUCGUGUAUUUAUCUGUUGCAACGUACAGAGUGAUGAACAUUUCGUUAAUCGACAAGGUGAAAUACUGCAAGAGGUCAGUGUGCAUCCAGCUCGUUUACUAAAACAAGAAAAAUGUAAAGUACGUCGUUUGAACACCGACUGGGGAGUACUAAACGACGACUGCUACUUUACUUUUGACGUUGUGCCUAACACGUGUAAGCUUGACAUUGGCGAUAUAGUUUUAGCCGAUCUAAUCGAAUGUGAGCGUGAUCCAUACAUAUGGCGAUGUAUUAAAUUAUCUUUGUUAGAACGUACAAUACCGCCGGCGACUACUUCCACCAUAACAGCUACUUCAAAUAACGAAGUCAAAAAAACGGUGUUGAACCCACGCAAAGACAACAAUCAUGCAAUCACUGUUACUGAGGAUGCUCGAUGCAUUUUUUCUGCAACCUUUCAAACCCAACGCAUCGAAAUGGUCAUUAAGAACAAUAUAGAACGAAAUAUGCGUGUACUUUCCAUCGAUUUUUUGGGACGACGACGAGAUUCGCAAAUUAAACUUGUAGACCCUGAUCAUGACAAUACCGCGUUCGAAAUCGCCGCUAACAGUAGCCGCACACUAGUGUUUGAAGUAGAAUCGAAAUUUUAUGGAGAAUCGCGUGAAGUUUUUAUUAUCAAAUUCGAAUCAUUCCGCGUGAAGCGUUCCAUUUUUAUAGCUGUGUGCGAGACUGAGGCGGAAGCGGAAGCUGUACGUGCUCAGCCUAAUCAUAUUACAGCAAGUACGUUGAAUGGUGGUGCACAAAAUCUACGCCAACGCUCUCGUCACUACGCUAAUCAAGUUUGGUCGAAUAAAGGGGAAGUCAUACCCGGUGUAGGUUUGGCAACAAAGCGACGUUUUCUAUCGCUUCGGAUCCCCUAUUAUGAGGUGCCCGAACGAUUGCGCAAUGCUUAUUUAACGUCGACCAGCCGCCAAGAAAUGAUAGACAACGUGGAAGGCAUGUUCCCUUGUUUGAAAGAGGAGCUCAGCUUGAAGAACUAUACAAUUCGAUUCGAAACACUAGUUUUUCUAGAAGAAAUCGAAUAUUUUGUAAAUUUCCGAAAUUACGAUCGCGAGAGGGCGCAUUUCACACGUGAUGGCGAAUUUUUGUCGCUGACAAUCGAAAAUCUAUCUGAACGACGCCCGUCACUCGUUAUUGGUGACACCGUACGCGCUAUAAAUCCUUGGUGUAAUGAUGAUGAUAAGCGUAGUUAUGACGGCGUAAUUCAUAAAGUCCUUUUCAAUCGUGUAUUGCUGAAAUUUAACGAAGGUUUUCAGUCCAAAUAUAACGGUGAAGAUUAUCGUUUGGAAUUCUAUUAUUCGCGAUUUGCUUUUCGAAAACAACACUUUGCAGUGAAUCGUAUAAUAAAGCAUGUGGGAGAACAAUUUCUAUUUCCUUCUCGUGUACACAACCGUGAAGAGCCACAACUGCAAAUCGAAUUAGACAGUGACGAUAAUCUUAUACUACAAGACACCACUUGUCCAUGGUUUAAUCCGCUACUGAAUCCAAUACAAAAGCGAGCCAUACGUAAUAUUUUGAGAGGUGAAACACAUAAUAUGCCUUACAUAAUAUUUGGGCCACCAGGCACCGGCAAAACCAUGACACUCGUCGAAAUUGUGUUACAGCUGGUUAAACUCUUACCCAGUUCACGUCUACUUAUUGGCACACCCUCGAAUGGAUCUGCAGAUUUGAUAGCAACACGUUUGAUUGAUUCUAAACAACUACAACCAGGAGACUUUGUGCGCUUAGUUUCGCAGAAUCAAAUUGAGAAAGAACUGGUGCCGGAACACCUAAUGCCAUAUUGUGCUACUGUGGAUAUGGCUGCCGAUGGCACUUGUGACGAUUCGAUGAUUGUUACGGAAUCAGGCAUGAAAUUACGCUGCCAAAUGAAAUAUCUUGGCCGUCAUCGGGUGACCAUCAGCACUUGUACUACACUUGGCAAUUUCCUACAAAUGGGUUUCCCACCUGGACAUUUCACACAUGUGCUCAUCGAUGAAUCUGGUCAGUGCACGGAACCCGAAGUGAUGGUGCCCAUGUGUUUAGUGUCGCAAAAGCGAGGACAAGUGAUAUUGGCCGGUGAUCCACAUCAACUGCAAGCGAUAGUGAUUAAUCGAUUUGCAUCGGAACGGGGCUUAUCAGUGUCACUGCUCGAGCGCAUACUGGGUCGUACACCGUACCUACGCGAUGUGAUGCGUUUCCCCGACACUUCCGGAUUCGAUCCACGCUUGGUCACCAAACUACUGUAUAACUACCGUUCCUUACCGUCCAUACUCAAUGUCUAUAGCGAGUUGUUCUACGAUUCCGAACUGCGAGCAAUGGUCAAUGAGAAGAAUUCGCGUGAAGCUGAUAUGUUGAAGAAACUAGAUGUGCUGCUGCCGGUCUCAGAGAAGCGUCCGAAGACUCAUGGAAUUUUCUUUUAUGGCACUCGCAGCGAAAAUAAACAGGAAUCCGACUCACCAUCGUGGUUUAAUCCACUAGAAGCGAGAAAUGUGUUUUUGAUGACCAUCAAGUUAUAUCGUCAAGGCAUUCAACCUGAAAACAUCGGCAUAAUUACACCAUAUAUGAAGCAAGUGAAGCAUUUGCGCACGCUUUUUAUCGAAGCCGAUAUUGCCAUGCCGAAAAUUGGUUCCGUAGAAGAGUUCCAGGGCCAGGAACGUGAUAUCAUCCUUAUAUCUACAGUGCGCUCUUCACAGAAACUAAUUGGCAGUGAUUUGCGUCAUGCCCUUGGUUUCGUACAAAGCGCCAAACGCAUGAACGUGGCAAUUUCGCGUGCACGCUACCUCAUGUUUAUAUUUGGCAACCCCCAUUUGCUAUAUUUGGAUCAUUGUUGGCGUUCGUGUAUAAAAUAUUGCGUGGACAAUGAGGCCUAUUUGGGCUGUGAUCUGCCAGACGACUUUGAGACGAGACCCGAACUCAAUGAGAAUGGUGCGAUGAUGGAUGAGACUGCUUCCAAGUAAAAAGUGAUACAACUGAGGGUCAUUUGCAAAUUCAUUGGUAAAACAGUACCUUUCAAUAUGAAAUAUGAAUAAGAUCACUUAAUGUUGUCUACCAAUGAGUUUGCUUUGUGAAACGGGAGAUAGCUCUAAGAGUGUUCCCAUCAUAUUAUCUGCCGAUUCACUAUUUUUUUUUAUUUUUAAUUACAAUACUUCGGCAUUGUCUAUCCUUUCGGUGCAUGUAAACUCCACCAAUUCCCAUAACCUAAUUUCCUUUAUAGUUAUCCUAUAUUGAAAUAGUUUCGAAUGUGUUAUAGUUUUCGGUUAUGAUCAAAAAGUUGGCAUGCGUAAAAAGCUCUUAAUUCAGUUCUACUGGGAGCUAAUAUAAUGAUAUUUUUGACAUCCUAAAGUCCUUGUGUUUUGAAUCUGAAUACAAUUGUAAUACAGCAGAGACUAGUGUCUCGUAUGUAAUUGCUGAACGCAGCAACUUCAAAUCUGGGAUCCCCCUAAAGUGAAA